AAUUUCUAAAAAAAAAGAAGAGAAAGUCGCGCUUGGUUACGUUAAUAUACUGCGCAGCUGUCAAUCAGGAUGGAAGACAAAAUGGCCUCAGCAUCUUCUGAACCUCCAGAAAGUCAAGAUCCCGAACUGGACGAGUUAUUGGACAGCGCCCUUGAUGACUUUGAGAAGACGAAAUCUGCUCCUGCAGCCCACGACGCUGGGGCUGCUGCUGCCGCCGCCUCAAAUCCAGGCAGCGGGAACCAGGAGCAACCCCCUCUGCUGCUAGAGGACAGCCAGUUCUUCGAGUCGCUGUUCGACGGCGAGAUGGCGAACCAGGCGCGGGAGGAGUGGGAGCGGGCCAUGACGGAGCUGGCCCAGGAGGAACCCGAGCUGCUGGGGCAGUUCCACAAGCUGUCCGAGGCUGCUGGCAAAGUGGGAACAGAUCUGGCUUCCCAGCAAGAGUUCACGUCCUGUUUGAAGGAUACGCUGACAGGACUGGCGAAAAACACAGACAGCUUGCAGAAUGCAGGAUUGGCCGGUGAGGAACUGGCAAAGACCCUGCAGGGACUGGGACUGGAUGAGAAUGGGGAAGGGGGGGCGGAGGAUGGGAACAUUCUGCCCAUUAUGCAGUCAAUCAUGCAGAACCUGCUGUCAAAGGAGGUUCUGUAUCCAUCCCUGAAAGAGAUCACAGAGAAGUACCCUGAGUGGCUGAGCAGCAAUCGCCAGUCCCUCCCCCCUGACCAGUACCAGCGCUAUGAGCAGCAGCACAAGAUCAUGGGCCAGAUUUGCAGUCACUUUGAGAAGCAAGGAGAAAGGGGCCAAGGCGGGGGCGAGGGGGACAGCAGCUUUGAGGAGAUCUUGGAGCUCAUGCAGCAGCUGCAGGAUCUGGGUCAUCCUCCAAAAGAGCUGGCAGGGGAAGUGCCUCCUGGCAUGAACUUUGACCCGGACUCUCUGAAUGUUCCGGCUCCCCCAGGAGGGGGGACAGAAGAACAGUGCUCUGUCAUGUAAAGCCCAAGGCUGCUGGUGACAUGAUCUGACGAACUGGGAGACGCAAAGAGGCGACAUCUACCAGUGACGGCUGACUGGUGUCUGAAGAAAAACCAGAAGACAGGAAGUUCCUCACCUUUCCGCAACUACUCCUGUGUAUUAAAAACAAAAUCAAGUGGUGCAUGUACUCAUACCAAUUUCUUAGGUCUUCCCUCCUACUACACUUAGAAAUUUGUCUUCAGUUGGAUUUGCUAAGCACCUUUCUUAACCCUUCGAGGUCUGCUGACCAGUAAUCUGCCAGUUGCUCAUUUCUGGAGCCCAUGAGUACAUCUUGUCACUGGAGUCACUGGAGUUUUCUGGCAACACAAGAACAUCAGUCAAGCUGUUUGCCCAUUGAGCAGGGAUUUGAUAGUUUAGGGAUUUGAAAGCAAGUUACUUAGAAUCUAAGCUUGAAUUUUACAUUCAUGUGCUAGAUUUGAGACCAUUAACAAGCAGUAAUAUUAGUACAUCCUUUUAUAUUUAUAAUUUCUGACUUGAUUACAGUGGCCAAGCUAUUGUCUGGCUGGUAUUCUCAAUACAGGAAAUGACUGUGAAUUCAGCUAAUAUAUCCCAAAUGAUUUUGUGGUGAAACACUAAUCCCUCGGGAACAUCUUUAGUGAUGGGUUGCAGUUUCUGGCUGCCUGAAUUACUCAUCUACUGUACAAAAUUCUUUCAGUUUUGCCUCUGUAUGACUGCUAUUAUACAGAAGCACAGAUCCUUGCAGACAAUUUAUGUAUGUUUGAUGCCUUGUAAAACAGACAUUUGUUAUUGAAUAUUCUCUGUAGUUUUUGCAGUAACUGAAAAGUGGAAAAACAAGUCCCAGACACAGAUUCAGUGGUAGUGACGGCUGAAUUGCAGUAUGAAUUUAUAAACUAACCCUUCACUGUGGCUGUCACAUUUGAGUGCCUCUGUGUUUCCUAUCAAUACCCAGGGCUGUCCUGCUUACUCCUGGAUUACGAAGAGUCUUGCUUCAUGCUAAUUCAUCUACCCCUUUCAAUCCUUUAAGGGUGAAAGAGAUUCCUUGUGCUUGCAUUAAUUCCUCUCAUGAGAGGCCCUGGUCAAAGGAGGAGGGAAGGGUUCAAGGAAUUGUUGGAGCGUGGCUGCAGGAUUCUGUCCUGAAUUCUGCAUCUUGCUGUUUUUUUAAGAUUUGAGGCUGUCAUUGCACCACUGAUAUGGUUCCUAAAUACUGAUGGCACAUCUCUGCUCAUUUUUGCAUGAUUGACUGCUAACUGAUUAUGCCCUUUGUGAUAUAUGCUCAGGGUAUUAAUAAUCAAUCAUAAGGCAGUGUUUGGGCUAAAAAAAGGAGGAUGAGGAAUGCCUGUAUUAUAUGGCUGAUUAUGAGUUGGAACGCAGUGAUUACAAAGUCCAGUGUAAGAGUAAUAACCUUUUCUUAAAUUCUAAUACGUUAACAGUGAUCCUUUAUAGGACUUUACUUUUGUUCCAGUCUGGGAUACUGUUCAUAUUAAAUAUCUGAAAAUACUGAAUAAAACCGGUUUACACCA